GAUUCGAAUAUACGGAUUAUUAACACGUAAAACUGACAUUCCAAACAUCAGAAAUUGUCUGUGAGAAGGAAAUAUUAAAUUUAGAUUGAUUAUUCAUAUUUCUAAGGUGCAUGAGGUUGACAGUUACAAGGUUCGAAGAUGAGUAUGCAAUUAAAGCAUAUGCGUACGCUGCUGCCUCCACAGGAUGGAGCAGCUAAGAUAUGUGCAUUGGCCUGGGCUCCUAACAACCUGAAGUUCGCAGUGUGUACAUCAGACAGAGUUAUAUUACUGUUUGAUGAGCAGGGAGAAAAACGUGAUAAGUUUUCUUUGAAGCCUGCUGAUGCAAAGUAUGGGAAAAGUAGCUAUACAGUAAAAGGCAUUGCCUUUUCUUCCUGCUCCACCAAGCUGGCUAUUGGACAGACAGACAACAUUGUGUAUGUCUACAAAGUUGGUGAUGACUGGGGAGAGAAGAAGGUGAUCUGUAACAAGUUCAUCCAGCAGAGUGCUGUAACUUGCCUCAUCUGGCCUCCUGAGCAGGCCAUUGUAUUUGGUCUUGCUGAUGGCAAGGUUAGAGCAGCCAACACGAAGACCAACAAGUCUUCCACCAUCUAUGGCACCGACUCAUAUGUCGUCUCUCUGGCUUCAAACCCUUCUGGUAAAGGAUUUUUAUCUGGUCAUGCUGACGGGUCUAUUGUGAGAUUCUUCUUCGAUGAUGAAGGCACUGGUGACCAGCAGGGUAAGAUCAGCACCCACCCUUGCCCUCCCUACGCCCUGGCCUACUCCCAGAAUGCCAUAGUGGCUGCCGGCUGUGACAAGCGCAUAAUUGCGUACGGUCGGGAAGGCCGGAGCUUCCAGCACUUUGACUACAGUCGUGAUGAUGAUGAGCAUGAGUUCACUGUGGCUGUGUGUAGCCCCAGUGGGCAGUCCAUUGUGGUCGGAAGUUAUGACAGGUUGAGGGUGUUGAACUGGAGUCCACGUCGCCAGAUGUGGGAUGACCCCAAGGUGAAGGACAUUCGUAACCUGUACACCAUCACUGCACUGGCCUGGAAGAAGGACGGAGCUCGGGUCACAAUUGGCACACUGUGUGGAGGCGUGGAGCUCUUUGACUGCUGCCUGAAGCGUACGAUCUACAAGAACAAGUUUGAGAUGACCCACGUGGGCCCCAACCAGGUCAUUGUUAAGAACCUAAGCAGCAACAUGCGCGUUGUGCUCAAGUCUCAUUAUGGGUACGAGAUCGAUGAAGUGAGGAUCAUGGGAAAGGACCGAUACCUCGUGUCCCACACGUCGGACACCAUCCUGCUUGGGGAUCUGCAGCACAACAAGCUCAGUGAGGUCCCAUGGCAGAGUUCUGGUGGAAAUGAGAAGUACUACUUCGACAAUGAGAGUGUUUGCAUGAUCUUCAACGCGGGAGAGCUCACUCUUGUGGAGUACGGCAACAACGAGAUUCUCGGGUGCGUUCGUACGGAGUUCAUGAACCCGCACCUGAUAAGCGUGCGGCUGAAUGAGAGGAAGCAGCGGGGUGUGACUGACAACAAGAAGAUUGCCUACCUGAUGGACCUGAAAACCAUCGCUAUCAUGGACCUUGUGAGUGGAAUCAACAUAGGCCAGAUAAACCACGAGGCCAAGAUUGACUGGCUGGAGCUGAAUGAAACCGGUCAUAAGCUUCUGUUCAGAGACAAACGCCUCAGGUUGAACCUGUAUGAUGUGGAGUCCCAGCAGAGGUCCACCAUUCUCAACUACUGCUCGUACGUGCAGUGGGUGCCUGGCAGCGACGUUGUUGUGGCCCAAAACAGGGGAAAUCUCUGCAUCUGGUACAACAUCGAGGCCCCUGAGAGGGUCACCAUGUUCCCUCUCAAGGGUGAGAUAGUUCAGAUUGAGAGGACAGAGGGCAAGACGGAGGUGAUAGUGAAUGAAGGAGUCAGCUCCAUCUCCUACACCUUGGACGAGGGCCUGAUUGAGUUUGGAACGGCCACUGAUGAUGGAGAUCUCGAAAGGGCCGUAGCGUUCCUGGAGACCCUGGAGAUGUCGUCAGAGACAGAGGCCAUGUGGAAGUCCCUGAGCAAGCAGGCUAUGGAGGAUAGGCAGCUGAACAUUGCUGAGAGAUGCUAUGCUGCAUUGGGAGACGUAGCCAAGGCCCGCUUCAUGAAGGAAACAUUCAAGAUUGCAGAGGAGGCGGCAAAGACCAUGGGCGGGAACGGCUUCAACAACUACCGUGUGAGAGCCAGACUGGCUAUCAUGGAGAAGAAGUUUAAAGAAGCAGAGAGCAUCUAUCUGGAACAGAACCAUGUAGAUGAGGCCAUGGAGAUGUACCAGGAGAUGCACAUGUGGGAUGAGGCCAUUGAGGUGGCAGAGGCCAAGAGCCACCCUGAGCUGGACACAUUGAGACGCAACUAUCACCAGUGGCUGAUGGAGACUGGCCAGGAGGAAACUGCUGGAGAGCUGAAGGAGAGGGAGGGAGACUACCUGGCAGCCAUCAACCUGUACAUGAAGGCCGGCCUGCCUGCCAGAGCUGCACGCCUCGCCACAAGCAGAGAUGAACUGAUGUCCAACACUGACCUCAUAAGCCGUAUUGCCUCGGCCCUCAUUAAGGGUGAGCUGUACGAGAGGGCUGGAGACAUGUACGAGAAGAUACGAGACUCCACCCAGGCCAUGAGCUGCUUCAAGAAGGGAAAGGCAUACAGGAGGGCUGUGGAGUUGGCGAGGUAUGCGUUCCCUGCUGAGGUCGUGAAGCUGGAGGAGGAAUGGGGAGACUAUCUGGUAUCUCAGAAACAGCUCGACGCUGCCAUCAACCAUUUUAUCGAGGCAGGGUCCAUUCCAAAGGCAGUUGAUGCGGCUAUUAAUUCACGCCAGUGGUCCAAAGCUGUACAGAUUUUGGAGCUACAGGACUCCUCGCUUGCUGCAAAAUACUACAAAAAGAUUGCUGACCAUUAUGCUUCUAUCGGAGAGUAUGAGACAGCAGAGAAACUGUACGUAGAAGCUGGCAAUACUAGAGAGGUGGUCGAGAUGUACACAAAGGCGGGCAAGUGGGAACAGGCACACAAGAUGGCCUCGAGCUACAUGAAGUCUGAUGACGUGUCUGCCAUGUACAUCUCUCAGGCCCGACAGCUGGAAGAACAGGGCAAGUUCAGGGAGGCAGAGAAAUUGUUUGUGGCAGUGAAGGAGCCCGAUUUGGCCAUCUCGAUGUACAAGAAGCAGAAGAUGUACAGCGACAUGGUGCGCCUUGUGAAAGUGCACCACCCUGACCUGCUAGAGGACACAUACAUCCACCUGGCCAAGGAGUGUGAAGGGGAGGGCAACCUGCGUCAGGCAGAGCAGUACUACGUGGAGUCUGGGGACUGGAAGGCUGCUGUGAACAUGUACCGCUCACAGGACAUGUGGGACGAGGCACAUAGGGUUGCCAAAGCCCAGGGGAAUGCAAACGCCAGCAAGCAGGUAGCCUACCUAUGGGCCAAGAGCCUAGGAGGGGACUCGGCAGUGAAACUCCUCAACAAAUUUGGUCUUCUAGAUGCCGCCAUCGAUUAUGCUGCUGAAAACUGUGCGUUUGACUUUGCGUUUGAGCUGUCUAAGAUUGCCAUGAAGGAGAAGCUGCCAGAGAUCUUCCUCAAGCACGCCAUGUACCUGGAGGACGAGGGGCGGUUUGCAGACGCUGAAGCAGAGUUCAUCAACGCAAAGAAACCAAAGGAGGCGGUUCUCAUGUACGUGCACAACCAGGACUGGGACUCUGCCCAGCGCGUAGCAGAGGCUCACGACCCGGACUCAGUGGCCGAUGUUCUCGUGGGGCAGGCGAGAUUUGCCUUCGAGGCCAAAGAGUACGCCAAGGCGGAGACCUACCUGCUCCGAGCUCAGAGGCCAGAACUGGCUGUCAAGUACUACAGGGACUCUGGCAUGUGGCAGGACGCUCUACGGGUCUGCAAGGAGUACGUGCCACACAAGCUGCAGCAGCUGCAGGACGAGUAUGACCGUGAGAUGACUGACAAGUCCACCAGGGGCUCAGAGUCCAUGCUGCAGCAGGCCCGAGAGUGGGAGUCGUCUGGGGAGUACGCCCGCGCAGUGGAGUGCUACUUGAAGGUCACCACUGAACUAACCAACGACAAGGAGCUCCUCACAAAGUGCUGGCUGAAGGGGGCUGACCUGGCUAUCAAGUUUCUGGGACAGGACAAGGCCACCCGGGUUGUGGAGAUUGUCUGUCCACGACUGGUAGAGAUGAAAAAGUACACAUCAGCUGCAGAGUUGUACCUGAAUGUGGACAUGACAAAGGACGCCAUUGACAUGUUCAUAGCAGCCGAGGAGUGGAACAAGGCAAGAAAGGUUGCCAAGGAGCUAGAACCAAGGUAUGAGCCGUAUGUGGAGGAGCGCUACAAAGAAUCCUUGAAGAGCCAGGGCAGGGCUGAUGUGCUGGCCAGUGUGGACGUGGUGGGAGCCAUGGACAUGUACAUUGAGAAGGGGGAGUGGCAGAAGGCCCUGGACACGGCAGAACAGCAGAACCCCAAGGUUCUGCACAAGUAUGUGGCCCUGUACGCCACCCACCUCAUCAAGGGAGGUGACACACUGCGGGCCAUGGACCAAUACGUGCGCUACGGGGCCCCGGCUAAUGCACAGAACUUCAAUAUCUACAAGCGUAUCUUCAAUGACCUGAUCAACAUGAAGGAUCUAAACAAACCUGAGGCUUUCCGGACAUGGGCAGAUCUCAGAGAUAUGAUGCAUGACCUGACUGAGAACAUUCGCAAGUCCCCGGAAGCCAAUGGUCCAGACCACGAGGACUUUGAGAAGUAUCUGCUGAUCUCUCACUACUAUGCAACACGGUCCUCCGCCAUGGCCCACAAGUCCCUGGACUCCAUUGCCACAAAGUUGGCGGUGUCGUUGCUACGUCACACAGACAUCGUCCCCGCCGACAAGGCCUUCUUUGAGGCAGGCAUGAUGUGCAGGGCAAUAGGUUGGGACAACAUGGCCUUUGUGUUCUUGAACAGAUACCUGGACGUGUCAGAGGCCAUAGAGGAAGGCAGCCUUGACAUGAUAGACCACAGUGACUUCCAGAACACAGACAUCCCGUUUGAGAUACCCCUGCCAGAGAAACCUCAUCUCUCUUCUCAGCAGCAUGAGGAGAUCCGUGAGUGGGUUCUGGCAAUCUCCAUGGACCAGCAGAUAGAGCAGGUGCUGCCCACAGACAGCAGGGGCUGUUAUGCUGCCUCCCUCGUGGCUGCAGACUCUGGCAUCAAGUCCCUGCCAUGUGUGAUCACAGGCUAUCCAGUGUUGACAGACAAAAUGGAGUUCAAGUCCCCAGGCAAGGUCGCCAACAAGGAUGACUGGAACAAGUAUCUCAUGGCAACCAAGGUUUCACACAGUUCCGAGCUGCAGGAUGUGCUGAAGUUCAUAGGGACAUGGUGUGGGGCCACCCCAAACCCCAGCUAUUCAUUCCAGUAGAUGUCUCUGGCAGAGAACAUUUGGAAAAAAUACAUAGAAAAAACUUAACAAAUCCUGAAUUACACAGCAGUAACUGCUCUUUAGAUAACAUGCUUUGAACUUUCAUUCUACGCUACAUGCAGUUUUUGUAGUGACAAAAAAAGAAAUAACACACUUAAGUGAAUAUUCUUAAUUUCAAGUAUAGUGGUUGUGCAUACAUCUUUCAUAAAAUGGUACAAUUUGGUCAAACAUUAAUUAUUGAUUAUAUGUUUAUCAACACAGUGGUUGUUUUUUGUUUGCUGAUUAUUUUGUUUUGUGAUAUUUACUGUCUUGAAAAUAGUUCUAUCUAAGAUCUACUAUUUAUCAUACAAAUGAAUGGUGUGACUAUUUCUUUAAGAAAGAACAUGUUUUAAUGACAAUUGUUAUAAAUAUCCAUUUAUUUUACAAGUCCAGAGUGUUAUGGUGGAUGUAUUUGCCAGUACUUUCCCCCAGAACAGGACUUUCUUAUGUUAAAGAAAUAUUGAUAAACAUGAUACCGUGCUUUUGUUUGUAUAUUAAAUUAAAGUUUUUACCUUUGAAGCAACAAAGUAUAAUAACUUAAAUUUCGAUCACAUUCCGUCCAAGAUUAUAUAUUUUCUCAAUAGCUGUAUUUAUUAUUUUUGUAUGUUUCAUUUUCUCAAUAGCUGUAUUUAUUAUUUUUGUAUGUUUCUGCUAUCCGAAUAAAUAUAUUUCUUG